CAGGUUUCACCCUGCAGAUCCGUUGCCCAGGUCCGCACCACAUUUACUCAUUAUAUUCGCAGCUUGUCCGCGGUAUGCAGUCGUGGGUCGAUCGCAUUCAGUUGAAUCGGUUUUUAUUUAACUUUUUUGUUUUCAUUUUUUUCUCUUCAUUCUGAUCAUAUUAAAGUAGCAAUAUAUCAUGUACUUUAUCUUAUAUGACAACAAUAUUUAAUUUUUUUUCUCUCAGUUGACACUAAUAAUCAUUCUGUAUAAACCCAAUAACGUGUAAAAUUUCUUUUGUGAGAAUUAUAUUGUUUUCGUUAAGAUAGUAACUAUUUAGAGGUUUAUUGAGUUACAUGUACAAGAAUUUUUACUUUUAUUUGUUUCAAUAACUUACCACUGUCGCGCGAAAAAUAAGCAAAAAGAAACUGUACUUACACAAAUUUGUCAGUUUUAAACUUGACCUGCCUUCAAAGAACAUUCGAAUAAAAUAUUUUUAGGGUAGGUUCAUAUUUUUUCCAAAACAACAGAAAUAGUAUAUCUAUCACCAGAAGGGAAACCGGUACGACUAUUAAUGAAUUCUUACGGUCAACCUGCUAGAAAAGGAAGAUCGCCUAGAAAAAAGAUUCCUUAAUAAAAAUCUUUAUACUAAUUACUUUUACUUCACAAAUAAUAUCUAAAAUAAUUUUUAAUUUGAAAUAACCCCAAUAAGUAUACAGAUAAUCAAUCGUUAUGAGUUCAAACGAAGAUAAAGAUAUUUCACAACCAAAUACUUCAUUUGGACUAAUUAAUUUACAGGACGAGCAUAUAAAAUCUCUAAAUGAUGAAUCAAAAUGUCAUGAAGAAAGAAAUUUGGAUGAAGAAAUGGAACGUGUUUUUGCAGGGGUUUCGAGUGAAGGUGAUGCAAGUCGAUUUGAUUUAUCAAAAUUUGAUGGUGGACGAUCUCCAAAGCCCGACGAUAGACGUCUUAGCGAAGACGAUUUUAUUGUUCAUCGCAAUAACAGUCGACCACAUGUGCACAUACCUCUCAAAUCGAUUGCGAAGUCUAAGAGGAAGAAAUCUACUACUUCGUUACAGAUAAAAGAUUCGGACACGGAGAAUUUAAAUAAAUUCGAGGAUGAAAAGUAUAUUACUGAUUCUGAUAGUGCGAUGAGCCCACCUACCACAAGUCGUCGUACUUCUAGUAACAGUGGUGAAACACACUCAUUGAUGGCUGGAAAUGGUAAUCAUUCUGUAGAAAUUGAAUCAGAUGGUCUUUUAAGUAGUGAAUGUGAAACUCCAAUGUACGAACCACCUCAUUUUGAGCAUUAUUUUAGACAAGACUCAGCAGACAAGCGUGUGCAGUUCAAUAUAGAUGAGAAAAACGAAGAUGAAGCUAUUAUUGAACAUCGAGAACUUGAUCAAACCCAAGUGAAUAACCAUCAUAAUAGUGUAAAAAAGAAGAAGCACAAACAUCGACAUCACCAUCAUAACCAUAACAGACUUAAAUACAGUGAACGAGAAGUUUUUAUUCCUAAAGAUUUGCAAAUGGAAGAAAAUUUAGAUGAAUUCGUUCAAGAUGAUUUAACAAGUCAUAGGUAUGAUUGCGGAAAAGAAAAACGAAGAUUUAGUGGCAAAAAUAAGAAUUCUCUUAUAGCUUCAUAUAAUGGUGAUUUAGACAGAAAUCUAAUUGCAGGACUACCUGUAAAAAUAUUAAAGAAAUAUAUUGAUCAUAGUCCACAUGAGGUAUUUGUACAAUUAGAUGAACUUAAAGGCAAUGAAGAAGAUAGAGAAUGGAAAGAAACUGCUCGAUGGAUUAAAUAUGAAGAAGAUGUGGAAGAAGGUACAGAUAGAUGGGGCCGUCCUCAUGUAGCUUCGUUAAGCUUCCAUUCUUUGCUCAAUGUUAGAAGAUCAUUAGAAUCAGGAGUUAUACUACUGGAUCUGGAAGAAAAUAAUUUACCUGGAAUAAUAUAUAGAGUUGUUGAACAAAUGGCUGUUGAAGAGUUGAUAAACACAGAAGACAAAGCAGCUGUCAUGCGUCUUUUGUUACUUAGACACAGGCAUGUUCAACAAGAUGGAGAAAAGUUUAGCCGGUUUAUAAGGAGAAAUACAGCUAGCUACUCUAGUCUUACGUCAUUUGAAGCAGAAAUUCUAGCUAUGCGGUCAGCAUCACUUACAAACAAUAAUUUAAAUGAUGAUGUCAAAUUAAAAAUUAAAAAUACUUUAUCUCAUCAUGAUGUGCAUUCAAGUCCAAAAAAUAAUUUCACUAAUAACAAUAAUAUCAAUGUUAAUCAAAGAAUGGACUUAUUGAAAAAUCAUACUGCAAUUGAUAUGAAAGAAGAAACUUAUACUUCAUCAGUAGAAGAUAUGAUUAAAAGGGUACAAAAGGAAAGUAUCCUAAAACGAAUACCGUUUGGUGCUGAAGCUACAACUGUAUUAGUUGGGUCUGUAGAUUUUUUAAAAAAGAGGACUGCAGCUUUUGUUCGUUUAGCUGAAGGAAUUAUUAUACCAUCCUUAACUGAAGUAACUAUUCCUGUUCGAUUUAUGUUUAUAUUACUGGGACCUUCUGAUCCAAAAGAUAUAGACUAUCAUGAAGUUGGAAGGUCUAUGUCAACAUUGAUGUCAAACUCUGAAUUCCACUGUAAAGCUUACAAAGCAACUGAACGUAAAGAAUUGAUAAGUCUAUUAAACGAAUUUCUAGAUAGUAGUAUAGUAUUACCACCAUGUGAUUGGGAACGUGAAGAGCUCUUGUCUCUUAGAGAACUCAAAGAAAAAAGUGAACAAAUUAAAAAACGAAAAAUACAUGCUGCAUUUCAAAAAACGAACACACUUUUAGUAUCAAAAGUUGAUGAACAUUCUAAAAAAGAGAAAGAUGACCCUUUAAAACGUACAAAAAAACCAUGGGGUGGUCUAGUAAAAGAUAUAAAACGUAGAUUCCCAUUUUAUAUGUCAGAUUUUACUGAUGGGAUAAAUUUACAAUGUAUAGCUGGAGCAAUUUUUAUAUAUUUUGCUGCUUUAUCUGCUGCCAUUACCUUUGGUGGACUUUUGGCUGAUAAAACAAAAAAUAUGAUUGGAAUAUCAGAAACUUUGGUAGCUACUUCAUUAGCUGGUGUUAUAUUUUCCCUACUUUCUGGUCAACCAUUGUUGAUAAUUGGCACAACUGGACCUUUAUUAUUAUUUGAUGAAUCCUUGUUCAAUUUUUGUCAAGAUAACAAUAUUGAUUUUUUGGCAAUGAGAUUAUAUGUUGGAAUUUGGUUGGCAGUAAUUUCACUUUUAGUAAGCUGUGUUGAAGGAAGUGUAUUGGUAAAAGUCUUUACACGAUUCACAGAAGAAAUAUUUUCAUCACUUAUAUCUUUGAUAUAUAUUUGGGAAAGUCUAUCUAAAUGUUUAAAUGUAUUUUCUAAACACCCUCUGUUAUCAGUAGAUAAAUAUUGUACUGAAGAUGUAAUUACACAAAUGAAUAGUCCUAUUUUUUCAAAAAACUCAUCUUUCAAUAAUAGUUUAAUGAAAAAUGCUACAGAAAAUAUAAAUCAAAAAAUAAAUCCGCAGUUACCUAUCAAUCAACCUAAUACAGCAUUGUUGUGUACUAUAUUAGCCCUUGGGACUUUCUUCAUUGCUUAUUAUCUAAGACAUUUUAGAAACAGCAAAUUUCUUGGAAGAAGUAUCCGUAGAGCAUUAGGAGAUUUUGGUGUGCCAAUUGCUAUUGUUUCAAUGGUAGCAACAGACUACUUUAAUCCAUCAACAUAUACAGAAAAGCUUAGUGUUCCUGAAGGUUUAAAACCUUCAAAUGCAUCUGUUCGUGGAUGGCUUAUAUCUCCAAAUGGACUUGAGGGACACAUAGAUCCUUGGCUACCAUUUAUAGCUAUUGUGCCAGCACUACUUGUUUAUAUUUUAGCUUACAUGGAAACUCAUAUAAGCGAAUUAAUAAUUAAUAAGAAAGAAAGAAAACUAAAAAAAGGUAGUGGAUUCCAUUUGGACAUUGUCCUUGUAAAUUUUAUUAACAUGAUUUGUGGUUUAAUUGGAGCCCCUUGGAUGAGUGCAGCAACUGUUAGAUCUGUAGCUCAUGUUGCUGCUUUAACUAUAAUGAGCCAAACACAUGCUCCUGGACAAAAACCUCAUAUAAUAGAAGUUAAAGAGCAAAGAGUUAGUUCAUUGUUGGUAUCGAUGAUGGUUGGUGGCUCUGUACUUAUGGCACCUUUACUAAGAUUAAUUCCAAUGGCUGUUCUUUUUGGUGUCUUUUUAUAUAUGGGAAUAUCGUCUAUUGAUGGUAUACAAUUUUUCGAGCGUUUGAAGUUAAUAUUUAUGCCAGUGAAAUAUCAUUCAGAUGCUACUUUUGUUAGAAAUGUUCAAACAUAUAAAAUGCAUUUAUUUACUGCUAUACAGCUAAUGUGCUUAUGUACUCUGUGGAUAGUUAAGUCUUCAUCACUUUCUUUAUUAUUUCCAUUUUUUUUAAUUAUGAUGAUACCUGUUCGAUCUCAAUUAUGUGAUAGAUUGUUUACUUUUAAAGAAUUGCGGGCAUUGGACAGUAAUGAACUACCUGAUAAGACUUAUGAUGAAGAUGAACCAGAUUUUUACACUGAAUCACGAUUACCUGGAUAAUAAGACAAAAUAUAUCUAUGUUGAAUAAGCAAAAAUAAAAGAAUUAUACUGGAUGUAGGAUGGUUGUGCUAUUAUAUUAGAACAAAUUACUCCCAAUCACGUAACA